CCAUGUAUUAACCAACCUUAAUUUGUUUGUUUUUCUCUUUCAGAUUUAAUUCUAUUGAUUGAGAGGAUUAGUUUAGAUUUGAUCGCAGGUUAGACGUAGUUUCCUUGCAGAGCUGAGCUAUAUACACUAUGGAGAUAGAUAAGUCACAGGAUGGAUCUGCUGAAAAGCGCAAACUUGCCGCGUCAGAUGACGUUGACCCGAAAAAGUCUCGUAGCUCUGAAGAUGGAAAUAAAAACAUAUUUCUGGCGAAGGUGGUUCAACUUAAAAAACCCACGGACAAGACUAAUCGUAAGGUUGUUCACGGGAUCAUGGAGGUGCUUGAAGGGGAGUUUAAGGGGUUAAGGGGGUUCUUCCAGGGCUCCAACGGAUAUGUUUGGGGACACUCCUUGUCCCGGGCAAACCUGAUGUAUAACAUAAGACCAGGGGAUGUUUUCACGGUGGAGGCGUACCGGAAGACUGUAACAUCUGUGUACGGGAAUGUAACAGAUACCCAGGAUAUUCCUCUAGUAUUCAAGAAAUGCUGGCUAGCAAUUCAGAGCGAGGAGCCUCAGACUAGUUCAGAGAAUGUCGAGUUCAGUUCCUGGCUUUCUGAUCGAGAUCUUACAGAACACGAGUUCAAAAAGUGGAUUCAAGACAGGUUACCCCCUAAACCUUAUUUCCCUCUACAAUCCGAAGUAUACGAGGGCGAGCUGGUCAGCCUGAUCAGAGAUACUCCUAAGUGUGAGGGUGGCCUUGUAAAGAUAGUUGACGGAUCUCUCAAGGAUAAAACUGUUCUGUUUGAACGUGAAGAUUUCUAUGUUUGCGGAGUCCAUGUAGGAUCAGCUGAUCUGAGAAUGCUGCUCAGGCCGGGAGAUAAAGUAUCUCUACAGGUGCAGUUUAUGACAGGACGGGAAAGGCAGUUGAAAGGAAAGAAAUAUCCUGUAAUAGAAGAACAAGAAGUUAACUACACAGCUCUACUAGCUUUUAUAGGAAGCAAACGGCCUCGAGGACCGAAACAGCUGUCGAAAGAAUCCACAGAACUUCGAGAUUUUCUCGAGAAACUUGGUUUAGAUGUCGAGGAAUUCGAUGGAAUGAGAUCAGCAGAGCUCGAAACCACGAGCUCCGGGGCCCAACAACAACAAGGAGGUAUUGGUGGUGUGAGCUCUACCCAAUCCCACUCAAGCUCCCAAUAUCCUCCUGGGAGCUAUGGUAUACCCUCCCUUCUCCAACUCCCUCCAUUUUAUGGAGCCGCUAUCACAGCUUGGAGCCCUCACAUGCCAGUUCCUUCAGAUAUACCUCCGAUGGGUGCUGGUCAAUUGGAGCAACUGGCGAAAUGUGGAGUAGUUAUUGCCAGAGCUAUCGUCGUGAACCAGUUGAAGGAGGAGACUGGGAACAUCAUCAACGUCGGGGAGAUCAUCGAGACAGAGGAGGAUGUCGAGAACGCGAUUAAGAUGGGCAAAUGGCUCACAGAAGCGAUUAUUGCUAAGAUGCAGACUCACUUACAGGACAAAGUUAAGACUAAGCUGGGUCCAAACUUUGGCAGCAUUCUCUCAACUCAGAAGAAACAAAUUGAGGCUGCUGUGACUGCUAUGACCCCUCAAGUUCAGCCACCUGGGCACGGUCAAGGUCAAGGUUAUCCUGAUGGUCAACAACAACCUGUUGUUGACUCUGCAACACUGAGUCUGAUAGAACAGCAGAAUAUUGCUAAGAAGCUUCUGGAAUCUGAUAAACGAGCUGUGAAACAGAUGUUACCGGAUCUUAAAUACUCUAUGGAUGCUUCAGGAAAGGAUAGAAGGAGACAACGAACCCCUGAGCUGGAACCUAGAGAACUAGAGGAAGAGAUGGCAAUGUCCCCCUUAGAGCUUAUCAGAAAGUAUGUGAUCCUGAAAAGAAGAAUCCGGGAGGGAGGUUCAGAUAAAACAAUCGUAUUCGGAGAUCUCAGAUAUCCUAAAGAUAUGAAAGUGAACUUCCGUAUAAGUAACAGCUACGAGUUGACGGGUGGACCUAAAGAGUAUUACACUCUCGAGUGUUUAUACUUCUUCGCCAGAAAUUUAGAAACAGAUCACUCCCUUUAUGUUCGCAGGGCUUUAACUGAUGCUAUCCCAGUUGUCCGUAAACCAGAUAGAGAUAUUCUUAUCCAGUAUUUAACUGGAAAAAUGGAGUUCUGUCCAAAUGUUGAAAAUAUAACAUUCAGUGAACUCAACCCUGGCAUGGUUCUACCGGAGCAGAAGAUCAGCUCCAGGAGGGAGCGGGAACAAGCGAGGGAGCCAAGGAGGGAAUCUGUGGCUCCAAUGGACUCCAUAUCUCAAGCUAUCCAGAUAGUGUCUGAGAAGAUGAGUAAGAUAGAUCCGGAAGCUGGAGAAAAGUGGAAGGAGGAGCCAGGAAGUGCCAUAGAGAAAUGGAAAGCUAAAAACAACCUGAACGACGUCGGAAACCGCCGAGACGGUGACGGCGGGGCCCGCCGGGACGGAAAUCGGCGAAGUAACGAGAGGUCAAGAUCAGAUCAGCAACAGGGGUUCCCGAGUCGGAUCAAUCCGUUCGAAACUAAUCCUGGUUUUAAUCAGGAUCAGUUUGCAGGCCAGAGGAAAUCUAAAUUUGAUGAGCAGCCAUUUCAAGUUGGCGGUAAUCAGGCUCAAAAUAUGACAGGAAAUGGGAUUUUGGGCAAUCCUGGAUUCUCCGCAAUGAAUCCCGGAAAUAUGAACUUCAAUUCCGGAAAUAUGAACAUGAACAUGAUGCCUGGCAAUAUGAAUCCAGGAAAUAUGAACAUGAACCAGGGAAAUAUGCCAGGAAACAUAAACCCCGGACAAAUGAACAUGAACCCCGGAAACAUGAUGAACCCCGGAAACAUGAACAUGAACCCCGGAAACAUGAACAUGAACCCUGGAAACAUGAACAUGAACCAAGGGAAUAUGAGCAUGAACCAAGAGCGGCCUGGCUUAGGUCCAAUGUUCACCCAGUCCUCUCAAUCCAAACUUUGGUGAACAUUUACUUUUCUGUACGCGGCAUUCAAAACACGUGUAAAUGCAUAAAAUAAGUUUCCUUUUGCAAACUUUGUUUCGAACAAUUUUUACAUUUGAGAUAACAACACAACGUUUCCAUAAAAUUGUACUCUAACUGCAAAUUAGCUUCAGAAAAAUAUAGUUUUCAAUCCUUUUA